CGGGCAGAGGUGACUUCCGGCGCGUGGCUCCGGAGGCCAGAGGCUUCCUCAGGCCCGGGGCGGGGCGGGGCGGUGGGAGCCGAGCGGCCACCCCGCCCGCGGCCCGCCCUUGGCGUCCGGGGCCUGCGGGCGCCAGAAGCCCGAAGGGCGGCUGCUUCGCACGCUCUCGGCUCCCCGCGAGGGGCUUCAGAAGGUUGAUCGCUGCGCCGCGCCGCGCCGCGCCGGAAGCUCCCCGGCGUCUCGGGAGUGGCGCGGUGUUGAGAUAGGAGCGCGCACAGACCACGGCAGCGCUGCGCGUCGUGGGGCUCGGCGCUCGGCCCGUGGGCGCGUCUCGGAGCGCUGUGGCGUCCCUGAAACCCGCAGCACUGGAAUGGGCAGACGACAGGAACGGGAAAGGUGCCCAUGGCGUCGGAGCGGCGCAAGGUCAAGUACCACUGGGGCAGUACGUCGGAAGGGUGUCCCAGCAAGCGCAGCCGCCCCCGGGAGCCCGGCCAUGUGGCCCCCUCCAGUCGGUCCGUUCGUAGCUGUGCGUCGCGUCCUCGAGGGGCCAGCAGUCCCCAGCGUCUGAAAGCCCGGCGGGGGAACGAUGUGGCCCGCACGUCCCGGAGCUCAGGCCGCCGCCGCACCUCCUCUUCCUCUUCGUCGUCCUCUCUCUCCUCGGGCUCAGGUGCAGGCGGAGCCACCUCCCCUGGUUUCCUGAUUGCGACCACUCGCAGGUUCCUUACGUCCGGGAGGUCCCCUCUGCACCCCGCCCACUCCUCCCUAGACGAGAUGGCUUCUCUCCGGAAGGAAUCGUGUAACGUUAAGGAUGAUUCUAAAGACAGUUCUUGUCGCUCUGUGAACUCUGAAUUUGCAACCGAAGCUGAGGGUCAGAGUGAUGCUGUGGAGGAACCUAACAAGUUCCAGAAAAGGAGGAAGGACAGGCUUCGAGACCAGGGCUCAACAGUGAUCUAUCUGAAGGCCAUCCAGGGCAUCCUGGGGAAGUCAAUGCCCAAGAGGAAGGGAGAGGCUGCCACUGCUCGGGGGAAGGCAAGCUUGGGAGAAUAUCCAAGCCGGGAAGGACCAAUCAGGAAUGUGGAAGGACCAGCCAGGAAUGUGGAAGGACCAGCCAGGAGCAGGGAAGGACCUUUGGUCAGGAGUGGGGAAGGACUGGCCAGGAGCAAUGAAGGACCCGCCAGGAGCAAUGAAGGACCCGCCAGGAGCAAUGAAGGACCCGCCAGGAGUGUGGAAGGACCAGUCAAGAGCCGGAAAGAACUGGUUAAGAGUGUUGAAAGACCAGGAGGAAAGGUUACAGUCAUAGUACCUCAGAAGGAAGAGUCACCUACAAAGGUCACGGUGGAGAAGGAAGAGCCUGUGCAGGACAGGAGUAGCUUCUCUAACAGAAGAGUGAUUAUAGACUCUGUGAAGAAAAUUAGUGAGGAGCCGCUUGGUGACCGCAGGACAGUCAUUGACAAACCCUCUCCACCCCUAGAAUUUUUUGAUAACUCUGAUUCUCAUGCAGAUACUCAAAAGCACACAGACAGAGAGGUGGUGAUUGAGCAUCCCUCUUCAGGGAGUGACUGGUCAGAUGUGGAUGAGCUGGCCACUGUGAGGUUCUCCCAAGAGGAACCUGUCUUGCUGAAAUACUCAGCAGUUCCAGAAUCUUCUUCCUUCCCCACUGACUAUGUUAUGUAUCCUCCUCAUCUGUAUAGUAGCCCGUGGUGUGACUAUGCCAGCUACUGGACUAGCAGCCAUAAAAUUCCUGGUUAUCCAUUGGUGGGAUCCAGCAGCCAUGACUCAGCACAGGCUGGGAAGAGCAGCCAGGACCACCUGAGUGUUCAUUCCUCCAAGUCCACAGUGAGCACCCAGAGCAUCUCCAAAGACCUGGACCUUGCCCAGGAAGGCAGGUCCCAGAAUUCCCAUUCACUUCAAUUCUCCAGAAGCACAGAGCGGGAGAAGGAGGAGGUGAAGGGGAAAAGGACAUUCCGAGAGGAGACACCACCUCGCCACACCAGAGAACAUACAUCCAGCUCCUUGCCAAGGAGCCACCGGGAGAUGAGCCUGGAAGAGGGCUUCAUCGAUACCCACUGUCACCUGGACAUGCUUUACUCCAAGCUGUCUUUCAAGGGGACCUUUACGAAGUUCAGAAAGAUUUAUAGCAGCUCCUUCCCUAAGGAGUUUCAAGGCUGCAUCUCUGACUUCUGUGAUCCAAGGACACUGACUGAUGGCCUGUGGGAGGAACUCCUGAAAGAAGAUCUGGUUUGGGGGGCCUUUGGCUGUCACCCUCAUUUUGCACGCUACUAUAAUGAGAAUCAAGAAAGAAAGCUUUUGCAUGCUUUACGGCACCCCAAGGCUGUAGCAUUUGGAGAGAUGGGCCUAGACUACUCUCACAAGUGCACCACACCAGUUCCUGAGCAGCACCAGGUACUGCCUCUCUAGUUUGCUUUCUCUCGG